AACAGCCUCGCCCCGUACCGGUUCAGUAGUCAGUGUUGGCCGGACAGUGAGUCAUUCUUGGUCGUUUUUGUCCGCGUUCUCGGUGUUUUUCGCAUCCUGUCGGAGUUUUUGCCGCUCCCGAGGUGUAGACCAAGCGUUCAGGAAAGCAAGUUACUGUGUUGUGAAGACGGCAGUUGAGAAGGAUGCGUGAAUACAAGUUGGUGGUUCUUGGGUCAGGUGGUGUUGGUAAGAGCGCACUGACGGUGCAGUUCGUACAGGGUAUCUUUGUUGAGAAGUAUGAUCCAACGAUCGAGGAUUGCUACCGGAAGCAAGUAGAGGUUGACGGACAGCAAUGUAUGCUGGAGAUCUUGGACACAGCAGGCACAGAACAAUUCACGGCGAUGCGAGACUUGUACAUGAAGAACGGGCAGGGCUUCGUCCUGGUCUACUCCAUCACAGCACAGUCCACCUUCAACGACCUGCAGGACUUGAGAGAACAGAUCCUCCGAGUCAAGGACACUGAUGACGUGCCGAUGAUCCUGGUGGGAAACAAAUGUGAUCUGGAGGACGAACGGGUGGUGGGCAAGGACCAGGGACAGAACCUAGCCAGGCACUGGAACAACUGUGCAUUCCUGGAGACAUCAGCUAAACUCAAGAUCAAUGUUAAUGAGAUCUUCUACGACCUCGUCCGACAGAUCAACCGUAAGAAUCCAGACACGAAAGUCAAGAAAAAGAAGAGCUCCAAGUGCACCCUGCUAUGAGCUGCCUGUACUACAAACACAGAUAAUUUGCCACGACUUCCAUUUUAUCUUCUUCUUCUCUGACACUUUACUAUAGACCAAACCAGAGUUGGACAAUUAUGAAAUAAAGACUGAACUUUAACUUCCAACACUAGGUAUAGAAUUGGGACUUACCCCAAAUUUUUGGUU